CGCUACCUUGAUGCAGCUGAGGAGCUUGGCUGGACUUCCCUCCUCUUCAUCCCUUAUGAGACUAUCUCAAGGCACUGGAUUGAGCAGACUUUGGGCAAGAAGGAGUGGCAGCUGUGGCUACAGCUAGUAGCAAAGGUCAACCCUGUUGCUAUAGAGGCUUUUGGCAUAGGAGACCAGUGGCUUGGGAGCAAAGCACUUGCUGGUGGCUCUUUGGAAGGAAAGACUUGCCUGUUCAUGGAAGGAGGCCUACCUCAGCCCCUGCAGUCUGCAGAAGAA